ACUUUAUUGUUAUUAAUUAUAUAUUUGUGUAAAUUCGUAAAUAUGAGGAAACGAUAUGCAAAUAUGUAAAACAAGAUCAAUAAACUUCUAAAGAACAUUGAAAUAUUUUAUAUGAUUUCUAUAUGUUAACAGUGAACACGAUAUAUUAAUUAUAGACUAGUACAAUUUUGAUUUUUUUUUAAAAUGCUUUCGUCAUCCUUUUUACAAUUAUUACGAUUUCAAACAUGUCGGAUGUCACAAUUUACAUUUGUACCUGUAUCCAAUCCGGUCAGACAAGAAGAUAUAUUACAAUUAAGAAACUUUAUAGAAAAUAACAAUGAAAUAUGUGUUUUAACCGGUGCUGGGGUUUCCACAGAAAGUGGGAUUCCAGAUUAUAGAUCUGCAGGUGUUGGUAUUUAUGCGAGAAGCAGCCGAAGACCAGUUCUUUACAAAGAUUUUUGUUCUAACGAAUUUAUUAGAAGACGAUAUUGGGCAAGAAAUUAUAUAGGAUGGCCUAGAUUUUCAACGUUUCAACCAAAUGAUACUCAUAAAGUAUUAAAAAAUCUUGAAGAAAUAGGCAAGGUGUCAUAUAUCGUUACACAAAAUGUGGAUAAUUUACAUACAAAAGCUGGAAGUAAAAAUGUUAUAGAACUUCAUGGUACAGCCUUUAGAGUAAUGUGUCUUAAUUGUACUCAUAAAAUAGAACGAUCUAACUUUCAAAAUAUUCUUAAGGAACUCAAUCCACUUUUAAAUAGUCAUUCUGAAAUGAUAAGACCUGAUGGAGAUGUAGAUUUAACUCAGGAAGAAACUGAAGGAUUUAGUGUUCCACCAUGUGGAAAUUGUGGUGGUAUAUUGAAACCAGACAUAGUUUUUUUUGGUGAUAAUGUACCCCGCCAAGUUGUAGAAAAUGUAAAAAAUAUAGUAGAGCAAUCAAGUUCAUUAUUAAUUCUUGGAACUUCUUUAAGUACAUUUUCUGGUUAUAGAAUUGUACUUCAAGCUCUAAAUGCUAAAAAACCUAUAAUGUUAGUAAAUAUUGGUAAAACUAGAGCAGAUGAUGAUAUAUCUAUUAAAAUAGAAGGAAGAUGUGGAUAUAUACUUCCUAAAGCUUGUAGAUUUAAUAAUUCAAUUAUAAAAAAUAAAGUUUAUUCUUAAUCAUGUC